AUGAAUAACGAGGAUUACGGUUACGAUUACGAUUACCUAUUCAAAAUUGUUUUGAUUGGUGAUUCCGGUGUAGGUAAAUCUAAUUUACUUUCACGUUUCACUACUGAUGAAUUUCAUUUGGAAUCAAAAUCUACUAUUGGUGUAGAAUUUGCGACAAGAACAAUUGAUGUUGAUGGUAAAAAAAUUAAAGCACAAAUCUGGGAUACUGCUGGUCAAGAACGUUAUAGAGCCAUUACCUCUGCUUACUAUAGAGGAGCUGUUGGUGCAUUGAUUGUUUACGACAUAUCGAAACAAUCGUCAUAUGAAAAUUGUAAUCAUUGGUUAGCUGAAUUGAGAGAAAAUGCAGAUGAUAAUGUUGCAGUUGGUUUAAUCGGUAACAAAUCUGAUUUAAGCCAUUUACGUGCUGUCCCAACAGAUGAAGCUAAGAAAUUCGCUCAAGAAAAUCAAUUAUUGUUUACUGAAACAAGUGCUUUAAAUAGUGAAAAUGUUGAUCAAGCCUUUAGAGAAUUGAUUACCUCCAUAUAUCAAAUGAUUAGUAAACAUCAAGUGGAUUUAGGUGUAGAUAACAAUAACAAUACUUUGAAUGCACCAAAGGGUCCAACGAUCAGUCUAACACCUGCUCCAAAUGAGAAAAAGAAAUCUUCCUCAAAUAACUGUUGUUAA